GCCCGCGCCAUGAGCAUCGAGACGCUGCUGGAGGCGGCGCGGUUCCUGGAGUGGCAGGCGCAGCAGCAGCAGACCGCACGUGAGGAGAAUGAGAAGCAUGAGAAGCUCUGCCUGGAGAGGGAGCAGGAGCAGAAGAAGGCGGGCAAGGCCAGCGUGCCACGGGCCAACAGCGCCCUGUCCCCCGAGGAGCCCCGGAGCGAACUGCUGGUGCCCAUCUCGCCGCCGGGCCCGGUGCCCCUGCCGCCCCCGCCGCUGGCAGCUCCCAUCUCAGUCAUUCCCAUCCCAGUUGUCACCAGUUCCCCCCAGCAAGCAGCCCAGACCGCGCUGUCGCCGCCGCUCGUGCAGCGCCACCAGCCCCUCGUAAGCACUCCCAGUGUCCCCAAGGAAGCGCCCUCGGUGGCCCCGGUGAUCCAGCGGCCGCCGGGCCCGCCGCUGCCGGACGGGAAAGCCGCGAGCCCUCCGUCGGGCAGCCCCAAGCAGCUGCAGCACUACGCGGCUCCGGUGCUGGCCAUCUCCCAGCACCAUGUGGUGCCACAGCCCAUCCAGCCCCUGCAGCACCCGGCUGCGCCCGCGCCGCUCGGCGCGCUGAAGCUGGCGCCGGCAGACGACAUGAAACCCAUCGAGCUCAAGAAGAGAAUUGGAGGGGUUGGGACCAGGGAAGUACAUAAUAAAUUGGAGAAGAACAGACGUGCACACUUGAAAGAGUGCUUUGAGACAUUGAAGCGCAACAUCCCCAACGUAGAUGACAAGAAGACCUCAAACCUCAGCGUCCUCAGGAGUGCCUUGCGAUACAUCCAGACUUUAAAGAGGAAGGAAAAAGAAUAUGAGCACGAGAUGGAGCGGCUGGCCAGGGAGAAGAUCGCUACCCAGCAGCGGCUGGCAGAGCUGAAGAACGAGCUGAGCCAGUGGAUGGAUGUCUUGGAGAUUGACAGAAUUAUUCGACAGACAGUUCAGCCAGAGGAUGACCAGGCAUCUACCUCGACAGCAUCAGAGGGUGAAGACAACAUGGAUGAAGAUAUGGAAGAUGACAGGCCAGUGAACUCAUUACCAAAACUCAGCCAGCGCCAGCACCCAGAGCUGCUGAAAGCCGUCCCCCCCAGUGCUGCUGCCCCCCUGCCCGCGGUCCUGCCCCCACACGUGUCCAUCCAGCAGAAGCCCCACGCCCAGCCCUCCCUGCAGACACAAGCACUGGUCCCGCCGCAGGCGAUCGUCCCCGCACAGACUCACAUCGUGGCGGCCUCGACCGUGCAAUCGACUGUUAUCGCCCACACGGCCACCACCCACGCCUCGGUCAUCCAGACUGUCAACCACGUCAUUCAGGGUCCACAGACCAAGCACAUCGCUCACAUUGCACCUUCCACAUCCAGCCCCGUGCAACUCACCACUGCUGCUCAGCCCAUCGGCCACAUCACUGUGCACCCAGCCACCAUCAACCACAUGGCCCACCUGGGCCCGCAGCUGCCCCUGUACCCGCAACCCGUGGCCGUCAGCCAGCCCGUGGUGAGCCACAUCGCCCACACCAUCUCGCACCAGCAAGUGAACGGCACGGGCCUGGGCCAGCCCGUGAUGGCCAAGCCGGCCGUGGGCGCCCAGGUGGUUCAUCACCCGCAGCUCGUGGGGCAGACGGUGCUGAACCCCGUGACUAUGGUGACCAUGCCCUCCUUCCCGGUCAGCACGCUCAAGCUGGCCUAGAGGGGACCUGCGGCGGCCAGGUCUUUGUUGGGAACCUUUCCUAAGGAAACUCCAUACAUUCCAACCGCGCCGGCUCGGGGAGGGAGCGCAGGAUGCCCGGGGCAGGGCCGGGCUGGCCCGCCCGGGGCCGCUCAUCCCGCAGGCUGCAGAGACAGUUCUUCAUGGUGAUUUUUUUUCCUUUUACGUGUAAUGAGUGAACUAUGGAUAUGAUGUUCUUAAGACUUUAAUUUUGCCCUCUUUAUGUGUUGCUUCUUUGUAGAAUAAAAAAUUGCUGAUCUCUUUAUUGAGACAUUGCAUAGAAUGGGAAAAAAAAUCAUAGAAGUCUAUAUUUAUAUAUAUGUGUGUAUGUGUGUGUAUAUAUAUGUAUAUACAUAUAUAUAUAAAUAUAACAUUUGAAGGCCUUUUGUAAGGUUGAUUAUUUUGCAGGAUUAUGAGACAAAAUUCAUUUUUGGAGGAAGAAGACAGAGUGUCCUCUCUAAACAAGAAACUAUAAGAUAGAUGGUUUGGUGGACCAGAGUACAGUGACAAAAAAAAAAAACAAAAAACCCCAACAACAAACCACGAGUCAAACCAUGUUAAAGGUAUUAUUACAUUUCAAAAACCAUCUAAAAUCACUGUGACUUGUUAUGGCAUUUUAAGGAAAUUCUCUGUCCUGUCUAAUAAAAGGAAAAAGAAUACACAACCGGACUUGAUUUGUCGCCAUUUUAUAAAUGACUUGAUUUUUAUAGCUAUGUCAAAAAAAAUUACUGGUUCGUAUUAUUUUAAUGAUUGACAAUGCUUUGUUUGGAUGUUUUUGGGGAAAUUUGUAUUUUGUCUGGCUUGGUUUGCUGAUGCAAUAAUUGGUUUUGCAGAUCUCUGUGUGUGGCAUGGCCUUGGUCAGGGUCCCCCCUGCCAGUCCAAGCCCCCCCAGGUUUCUCGGGUUUGUUGUUUGGCAGAGGCACACACUUUGUGCUGGCAGCUUGCAGGGCGUUUCUGUGGCCUGGUGAGUGGAACCUGGGACGGGAAGAGCAAGAGAAAUGAGGUAGAUUUGCUGCAUGGCUUUAUGUUUGCUGGUUUGUUCUGUCCUGACCACGCUUUGGUGCGGGAGCCAGUGGGUUUGGAAGGGGAUAAAGGGGAUGUGGUUCCCUUCCAGAGUGCAGGCAUUGCUAACAGCUUUGUUCCUUUGUCAGGGAAGAAUCUCUCCUUCUGCAGGAUCAGGGUUUUCUGCAGGAGUUCGGUGUGAGAGCUCGUGUCUGACAGUGAGACGUGCACCAAAGAACCCUCAUCCCUCAGGACCCUCCUGUUCCCCUUCCCGGUGGUUGGGGCAGAGCUGUGUGAGGCCAGUGGCAGAUCCCAGAGAGCCAGCAGAGGAGGGAUGCAGGGUGGCUCUGCUGGUACCUGCCAGCCUGCCCAGGAGGCUGCUUGGGACGUGUUGGCUGCUCGCUGGAUGUUCUGGUCCUUGCACUGUGUAUGUAGCUACUGCUGUGAAUGAUCUCCUUUCUGUCUUCCUCUCUUUUUAAAACAAGUAUUCCACAGUCCUUACUGAGGCAAAGUGCUGCUGUGGGCAGCAGUUGUUCUGCUAGGGCAGGGUGGGAGGACGGUGCCACAUCUGUCCCUCAGGGGGUGGCUGAGCACCUCAGCACGUGCCUGGCUGCCUCCAGGUGGGACUGAGGACUCUGCAGGAAAACAGCAUCCAUUCUGUGCCCAGCACACCUGCUCACUCCAGCCACUUCAACCUGCUGAGGACUGCUGUGAGCAGUGUCAGGGUGUAACUGAGAGCAUCUGCCUGUUCCAUACUGGCCCCAGUUAGAACUGGUCUGGAGGCAGGAGAAUGACUGCAGAGGUCAGGGGUGAUUGUGCCUUCUGAGCAGGUGUCACUGGGAAUUGUGUGAAGUUCAUAGAGCCCCAGUUUCCACUUGUUUUAUUUUUCUUUCAUGCAUCCUUGGGUUCGGGAAGCUCUUGGCUGUGCUGCCAGCACAACUCCUGCAGAAUGGACAAUCCUUGAAGGAUUUCUUUUCCUAGAACCCCAUUUAAGCAGAUUGUUCUCAUUCCAGUGCACCAUUAACACUGGGGGACUCCUAGAGUUGGCAGGACUUGGUUGUUCUUUGUCCCCGCAAAGGGCCAGGCUGUCCCUUUGUCCUCCUGGCUUUCCCAAGGAGGCUCUGCUGUGCCAGUAUUUGAGAGAUUGGUGGUAUUGGUUCAGUUUCUCCUCAUCUGAAACUCCUCAACGCUGAGUCUGUGCAGGAGGUCACCUUCCUGCUCAGGAGGGAGUGUGGCUUUGCCUUCUGCAGCAGUGUCAGGAGGGGGAGGACGUGUGUUUCUGCCUUUUUUACUGUUCCAACUCACAGAAUAGCAAAUUCUCCUCAUGGAAGGAGCCAGGUAGAGAACAGGCUCAGUGCAGGAGCAUUGGCCAAGCCCCAGGGAGAUGAGCUCUGUGCUGGGCUGUUGAGUGGCCUGUGCUGUAUGGACAGAGGUGCUGCUGACCUCAUCUUCUACUCAGUUAUGGUUUAGAGCAAAGACCUCUACACCGUGGAGAGUUUAGGGAGGGCCCUGCCUUGCCCAGUCCUGUAUCUUGGCCCGUUUUUCUUUCCCCUUGGAGUUGUGCCAUGUCUGUCUGUCUGAUCCCCUUCAUGGGUGUUGGGCUCCCCAUUGGGAACAUCCUUCAGCCAGCCCAGGAGCUGCUCUAGAUGCUGUGUGUACCCCGUUCUCAUCUGUCUUUUUCAGGGCCACCAGAAAUGUUUCUUAGGGACUUUUCUGUUUGUGUUUUAAAGUCAGCAAACUCCUCUCUGUUCUGUGGGAAGAGCAGCCACAGCCCUUCCUUUUCCACCUCUGUUAUUCCUGCUCAGAAACUUUGGAUUUACACUGAUGCUCUUAGAAAUCCCAUUCAGUACUGUAUGACAAGGGGCACUUUAGGAAUGUCUGUCCUCCUUUGAUAUGUUUUCCCUAUGGAGAAAGCUAUAUAUAAAUAUAUAUGUACACUUGGGGAUUCAUAAGAGCUAAUUUGUUCCCCAAAAAAAUCAAUAAAUAUGAAGUUUACAAGAAAUCUCUUCUGUUGUUGAAUAAUAUUAGUUAUUGGUAACCAUGCCACAGAAACAAUAGAAAAUGGGGUUUCUAUGUAUUAGUUUGAGAGGAUUUUCUGUCCUGUCCCCCUGGCUCGGAGCCUGUUGGGCAGUGGAGGUGGCUCUGCUGAGGGCAGUGCCCCUGCAGCCCACAGCCAAACCCUGCUCAGGAGCUGGGCCUGUGCUCAGAGCUCGGCCAGCAGGGCCGGGGUGUUUGCAGCUGGGCAGAUGUUGGGGCACGGAGCCCCGGGGGGAGCUGGGCUGAGCCUGCCAAAGCCACUGCCAGGGAGCUGCAGGCAGAGGGCAAAGAACCCAGACUGCUGCUUUAAAAUGAUCCUGAAAAGAGCUCUUAACGCUGACACUUUAGAUACAGGAGUGUACUCCUGACCUCACCAGUGAGAAUUAGCCAGAUCUGUGUAGUUUAUCUUAGCCAGGGAAGUGAUCUGAUUUCCCAUCUUCCCCGCAGCUGCUGCGUGGGAUCCGAGGGGCGCAGUGGGGGCAGCUGGUGCCCCCAUUUCACAUGGGAGAUAAGGGCUGGAGCCAAACUGCUGCUGUUGGGGUUUUUCUGCACGUGUGUGUGUGUGUGUGUCCAUCUGUCUGUCCGUGCUGGGGCUGGGUGUGGUGUGCUGAAGGCCAGAAGGGCUCCAGUGUCACACUGUGCCCUGGCCUCUGGCACAGCUGGGUUUGGUUUCUUGAGCAGAGCUGGACAGAGGGGCCAGCCCUUUGCAGAGACCUCUGGAACGUUCAUCAUCCCACUGAGCCAGCUGCUGCCCCUGCUGUUGGGCUCCUUGUCUUUUUUUUCUUUGUUUUAUUUCAAAGUGGCCUUCUGUAACAAAAGAAACAAAAAAAUGCCUUGGGUGGUUUAGGUGGAGGUGAGGUGUCGCUGCUGUCGGUGUCGGUGUGGUUGUCCGUGUGCACGCCUGGUAGAUUCCUGUAGACAUGCAAUGCAAGGCUUCUUGUGUCUGGUUUUUGUAUGUAGCCUGUGUCUCUUUGGACUGGUUUGCAUCCUGAGGGUGUUUUUUGCAUUUAAAGAAAAAAAAGUGAGAACUGUUCCAGGUUGAGUGGGUGCAAGGGGCUCUGGUCGUGUCCUGUGCCCCCUGUGAUGACGUGGUCAGUGCUUGUUUGGCCCCUUGGCUUCCUGUGAUGGGAUCCAGUGUCCCCAGUGGGGCGAGCAGCCUUGGCCACAUGAACCAGUUGACCUCUGCUUACCUGGGCAGGACUUUGGCUCAGCCUGUCUCAGUGUUCAGGCACUUGCUUAAUUAGCUCAGCUAGAUCCGUGGCUGCUGCAGUGGCUGCUGCAGAGGGCUCGUGGAGCUGGAGGGGAGGUGGGCAGCUCCUCUGAGACUUGGUUUGUGUUUUUCUGAACAGUUGUUCAUUCCAGUCUUCUUUUCAUUUUAAAAGCUAUGGGGGUGAGGAGAGGAAAACCCUCAUAAUUUAUGGCCUGUUUUCUAUCCCUUGUUAUCAUCUGGGACAGAUUAAAAUGGAUUAUAACACUAUCUUUAGGUUAUUUCCUCCGUGAGUGAAAUUUAAGUUGUUAGAAGCGGAUGUUUAGUGUUAAGGAAAAUGGGCUGUGGAUAGAAUCAGUCAUGGCUUCUUUCUGUCCCUGUUUUACAGAACUUGAUAAUCCAAACUUGAAUUGUUAAACACCAGCCCGAGCCCAGCCCUGGUGGGUGCAGUUUUGGCGGAGGUUUGUUUGGCUGGCCAGGCUGGCUCAGUCCUUGCCUGGGGCUGUGAAGGGAGGCCCCAGUGGCCUCUGUUGGUUUGGGGUCAGGGCUGCUCUGUGCUGGGAUUUGGGGGGAAGGGGCUGGGGGUGUCGUGGUGCUCCUCACCAGGUUCUGCUCUGCUCUGGAGGAACUGGCUCAGCCCAUUCCUUGUGCUGUGAGUGGGAAUUGGAGUGGGAGGGAGCGCUGCUCACCAGGGAGAUGCCCAGGCUCCCCUCCCGUCCCUGCUGUGUUUCCCUGGCAGGCAGGCACAUCCUCCCCGGGCUGGGGCUGUGGCCGGCGCUGGCCCCGCGCUGGCCGCGGUGCUGGCCCGUGCUGGCCACGAGGCUCCGGCCACUGCCCGCGCUGCUGCCAAUGCCUUAUGGAUCCGCCUUAAGAACCCGAGCCAAAGGUGUGGGGGGCUUGACAGAGCGAGAGGUCAGGGACUGACUGCAAGACCCGAUGAGUUGUUGGCUUCUGGUCAGCCCCAGCCUGGGCAUCGCUGGGUGAGGAGCCGUGGUGGGAGCAGGGACCCCCUGCUCUGUCACUGCACUGACCUCCCUCCCUCCUGCCUGCAGCAUUUCUUUAUUUAUUCCGUCUCCCCGCGGUAGGAAUGUGUCACUGGAGCUGCUGCCUGAGCCCAGCCCGGAGCCCCCGUCCCCCCGCACCUCACAGGAGCCCCCGCCGCGCUCACCUGGGCAGGUGCAGUCUGUGUUUACAGUGAGGACGUGUCACUGUGUUACCAAUUUACUGAAAUACUGAAUAUUGACAAACUAGACUGUAAAGAUUUUUAUGUGUUUGGAUACAUCUGCUAUGUGAAAAAGCAACUAAUUUUGUACAUAUUGUAUUUUUACUAUUCAGCUGUACAAUACUGGCUCUUCAUGCUCCAGAAUUUAGGUAUCCAACAUGAAUGAUAUCCAUGUAAUAAGCACUUGCCUGAAAUAAAUAUAAAACUGAAAUAAACAUGCACUGAAAUCAGAAA